AUGGAGAAGAGAGCAUGUAGUGCUCUUGGUACAUGGGGAGCUCAUCCUCCUCUUGCUCUGCCUCAGCCUCUUCCAUUGGCUCAUCUUGGUUCCCCUCUUGUCAUCUUCAUCAACCAAUUGGUUCACCUCUUCUCCUUCCUCUUCACUCUCAGUUUCCUCACUCCUUCCUCAUUUGGAGAGCCAUUUCCCCCUCUUGAACAAGGUGUAUGCGAACUCGAUCGAGUCGGUCUACAAGGACUUGGUCGAGCUAGACUUACAACGGGUAGAAAGAGGGUUCAGAGGUCACAGAGGGUACAAGAGGAACCUGAGGUGCUUGUUGCUGAUACAAUGGAUGUACCAGAGGGGAAUGGAAACCCUUUGGGAAUGGACUCGGUCGAGCUAGGCAAACUCGACCGAUUGGUCAAGGAGAUGCUCCAAACCGCCACCAACAGAGACAAGGGAUUGUUCCACCACCAGUGCAGAACCACAACUUUGAGAUCAAGCUGGGAAUGA